UUAUUAUGUUAUGUUGCAAAGAAAUUCCACAACCUUUUUAUUUUUAGAUGAGCAUUAUGUAAUGUAUUAUUCUAAAUAAUGCGCAUGGGUUGUGACUUUUUUCCUCUUUUGUUGCCCAGGCUGGCCAAGUACCAGGCCUUCAAGAGCUUCAGUAAACGUAUCCUCGUGGCCACUGACUUGUUUGGACGUGGCAUGGACAUUGAGCUGAGAGAGUCAACAUUGUGUUCAACUUAGACAUGCCCGAGAGCUCUGACACUUACCUCCACAAGGUGGCCCAUGCUGGCAGGUUUGGCACCAAGGGUCUGGCCAUUACCUUUGUGUCUGAGUACUACGACAUGCCCGAGAGCUCUGACACUUACCUCCACAGGGUGGCCCGUGCUGGCAGGUUUGGCACCAAGGGUCUGGCCAUUACCUUUGUGUCUGAGGAGAGUGAUGCAGCCACCCUCUCAGUCUAUAUUUAGAGAUACCUUAUAAGCACGGGUACUAAUUGCACAUUUUG